AGAUUGACACAGUUUUGGCUUAUCCUAAAUUAACAAGAGCAUGUUCCUCUUUUAGAACGGUAAUUACAUAAAUAAUUCUCCAUCAAAAUACCCAUACAAAACGAUAAAAACAAAGACAAAAGCCGGUGUUUCACUACCGUGAAGUUAUUUUGGGGUCUAUUUCGGACGAAGUUCAUAACGGUCGCCAUUUGCGCCACGACCACUCUUGGGUGUUAGUGAAAAUUAUGAUUUUAGGUUAUUCCUAAGUGUUAUUUAAACUGUUAGAUCGUGCAACGAAACAGCAAUACUUGAAAAUACGUAAUAAAUAAAAGUUAUAAAAUCGAGUGUGAAGUGUGUUUGAUACAUGCACUGAAAUUUAGAAAUGAAAAACAGAUUACCUCAGAAAAAAAUAUUUGAUAAACUUAUGAGAAGAGUGCCUACAUCUAUUAAUUAUUAAUAUUUACAUUAAGCAUUGGUUUAUACACAGUAACUAAGUGUUACAAUUAUGAAAAUACCAGAGACUGGAAAUGUUGGAGCAUAUUAUGGCAAUGAAGAAAAUGGACAGUGGCAGCCAAAUGGUGUGAUCAUAGAUAACGGAGUGGGUGGUGGGAUUGUUGGUAGUGGAGACGCAGGUGUACUAAGACCACCUGCACCUGUAUACCCUGUGCACAUGCCAAGAGGGGGCCCAAUGAGCGGUGAGUGUAUGAUAGUCCACUGGGGCAUGGGACAGAAUAUGUAUUCAAGUGACUGCGGUUACAUGAUGGGUGGUGGUUACUAUGGUGCAGCAGGUCCAGGGUAUCCACCCGAUGACUUUGCUGACUACAUGUGGAUGGAAAAUGAGGAGGAGUUUGACAAACAGGUCAUGCAACAGCUUGAAGAAGAGGCGCUAAUGGAGCAAUGCAUUGAAGCUAUGUUAGAAGACGAACAGCGAGAAAGACGAGCCGCAAGGGACAAUGGACACGGCUCUACCACAAGUAACAGUUCAACUCCUGUAUCCCUUCAAGAAGCAAUCUCAAAGUCUACCCUUAACCCCUUAGCAGCUGAGUUUGUGCCAGGACGAGCUCGUCCACCACCAGAAGAAAGAUCAGAUCCACCAGAAUCAAAGGAGCUCCCCAAGGAAGAUACACAGACCACUGAACCAGAAAGUACAGAUGCACAGAUUACAGAAGAAAAAGAAUCAACACCACAAGUAGAACCUCCAGAAGUGAGUGCAGCAGAUGUUCAACCAAUCGAAGACGACAAGAAGUCAAAAGAAAAACCUAAAUCAAAAUCUGACAAAAAGAAGGCAGAUGUUAAACCAAAAGCAAAAGUAGACACUAAAGUGAAAAAAGACCCCAAAGUUAAAACUGUACAAAGUGAUGUGAAAGCUGCCCCAAGUGAAAGUGUUAAGAAUGAAAUUAAAAGUGUUCACAGCGAGAAAAGUGUCAAAAGUGAAGUGCAAAGUGAAGACAACCAGAGCAUAGAGGUUGUUAAGCAAUCAUGCCAACCACCAUCCGACGAGCCCUCAUCUGGUUUCAAACCCGUAAACUACGCAGCAGCUGCUAAGGCCAACAAACCGAAGAAAGCCACCACGCCUCCUGCCUCACUCCCGGAGAAGACCGUACCACCCAAAACAGAAAAACCAAAAGAUAAAAACCCACCGAAAACCGCAGCCCCAAAAGUAAAAACCGACAAACCGGCUGUCAAAGUUGACAAACCAAUCCAAAGGAAGAAUUCAACUAAAUAAAAAUUUACAAAUUAUCUUUGGGUCAAAAUUUAAAUGUACAAAAAUAUGUAAGUGAUUGAAAUUAUGUGGGUUUGCAGUUUUGACAGAUUAACAAAAAAAUUAUCAAACAAAUUGUUUCAAACCCGCUGAGUUUUCAUAUUUCAUGAAUAUUUUGGUAAUAUCUAGGUUACUGCUUGGUUGAGUACUUUGUGUCAAAAUAUGUAGAUGAAAUAUGCUUUAAAAGGCGCAAAAUAAACUGUCAAAUUUGUAGAUUUAGAUAUUGACAUGUACCAUAGACAAGAUCAGCCAAGUGAAAUUAAAAUUACGCACGUUUUAUGUAUUUUAAUGUA